CUACUGUACUUCGUCAUUUUCUUCUCUCUCUGAUUCUCUGCUUGCGUUCUUCGAUUGGGCAUAUAUUCCUGCCUGCGCUGAAACUUUCUCAAUCUCAACAACAUGUUGGUGUUUCUAGAUUUCACCGCAAGCGUCUCACUUAGCAAUGCAGUUAGAUAAUUCUGAAAUUCUCUGUUUCUUUGCUAUGAAAUUCCGGAAAUGAAGAUCAUUUUUCUUUUUAGUCGGUUAUAUGUUUGACUCAAUGUCAAUUCGAAGAACCAGGAUCAGAAAACUGUUGUUUAGUCUCCCAAGCGUUAUAUACAUUCCUUUAAUGGUCAUUACUCGAUGAAAUUGGUAGGAUUACCGCCAGUUAUGGAUUAGGUUCAGGUUUUUAUUCCUCUCACAGGAUCAAGUCGAGGAAUGCCAAGAAGAUGGGGAGGAAGGGAAAUUGGUUUUCCAAUGUGAAGAAAGCUUUCAGCCCCGAGUCAAAGAAGAAGGAAGAUCAGAAAGCAAGCAAAUCGAAGAAGAAAUGGUUUGGGAAGCAAAAAUUGGAGGCCACCUCAGACUCACACGUGGGUUCUGAGAAAACAGCACGUCCUUCUCUUCAUCCUGAAGAAAUUAAGUCACAUGAUGUUGAGAAUGAAGCCAGUCAAAGUCAUGUUCAUGCAGUUGCAACUAUUGUGAAUGCUGAGAGACCUAUUCCUGCGGCUCAGACAGCAGCUGUUGCAGUUCAAGCCCCUAAAAUCCCUCGAUUUGCCGGUAAAUCAAGGGAAGAAGUGGCUACACUAAAGAUUCAGACAGCUUUUAGGGGAUAUCUGGCAAGAAGAGCAUUGCGAGCUUUGAGAGGGCUGGUCAGAUUGAGGACACUAAUGGAAGGGCCAAUUGUAAAACGCCAAGCUACUAGCACUCUUCGUUCUAUGCAAACUUUAGCUCGUGUGCAAUCUCAGAUUCGUUCUAGGAGGAUCAGGAUGUUCGAGGAGAAUCAGGCUCUACAAAGGCAGCUCUUACACAAGCAUGCAAAAGAGCUCGAGAGCAUGCGGAUUGGAGAGGAAUGGGAUGAUAGCCUGCAAUCCAAAGAACAAAUUGAAGCAAAGUUGCUACAGAAGUAUGAGGCAGCUAUGAGAAGAGAAAAGGCGCUGGCUUACGCAUUCACUCAUCAGCAAACAUGGAAGAAUUCAUACAGAUCUAUAAACCCAAUGUUCAUGGAUCCAACUAAUCCUUCCUGGGGUUGGAGCUGGCUGGAACGAUGGAUGGCUGCCCGGACAUGGGAGAGCCAAAGCAAAAUGGAGAAAGAAAUGAACGAUGACCAUUCAUCAGUGAGAAGUUCUAGCCGCAGCAUCACCGGUGGAGAAAUCAGCAAAUCAUAUGCUCGUUACCAACUCAAUUCUGAAAAGCAUUCUCCCACAGCAAGCCAAAUUCCUGACUCCCCUAGCUUCCGUUUAUAUUCAACUCCUUCAAAGCCAGCUUCCAGAAAACUGAAGAAGGCCAGCCCAAAGGACAGCUUUGCAAUGGAUGAUGACAUUAAAAGUGUGGCCAGUGCGCAGUCAGGGCGGUUCCGGAGGCACUCCAUCGGUGGCGCGUCCGUGAGAGACGACGAGAGCCUUGCGAGCUCUCCGGCGGUUCCGAGUUACAUGGUGGCAACUCAGUCUGCAAAAGCCAAGUCCAGGACGCAGAGUCCAUUGGCAGCUGAGAAUGGCACGCCGCAGAAGGCGAAAGAUAAAGGAUCUUUCGGGACUGCAAAGAAACGGCUUUCUUACCCGCCUUCACCGGCGAGGCCGUGGCGGCAUUCAAGUGGGCCCCCAAAGGUAGAAAACAACUUAACUGCAGAAAUCACUAUGGUUGAUGGCGGGGCUGCUUAAAUAAAUAAGAGGUAAGUUCAAAAGCGAGGUCGUAAAGAUUGUGUGCGAGAAAUGUUCGUUUGACUCGAGUGUUCCAUUUUACUUGGUUUUAUAAAUUAAAUUGUUUGCCGUGUUCUGGGAGGCAUUAAAAAGCGUUUUACCUGCUUUUUCCCCCUCUCUUUAUAUUCUCUCAAUAUUUGCUCAGAUGGAAAAUGGUUCUCAGAAGAACAAGUGCCAUAUCUUCCUCAUCAUAACAGAUCAUCGUUAUAUUUGAAGAUCGUGAUUUCUCAUUCAGACAUAAAAUGUAUAUUCCAUUUCAGCAUCUCAUUGGUUUGUAUUACUCUGUUUUCGCAAGAUAUGAUUUCUGUGUUUAGAUGUUUUGCUGUG